CGAGACCGAACGAGAUUGCCGCUUCCUCAAAAUGUAAACAGAAGUGAGUAGAUGCACAGUGAACAAGACAUGUGAGCAGAAACUCCAUCGUAUGUGUUGUGAUGGGUUCUGCUCCGUGGCUGAUAAAAUGGAGACUAAAGGGACCGACGAGGUGGAGAACCUGAAGUCCAAGUUUAUGUCAGCAUGGCACAAUGUGAAAUAUAGUUGGGCUCUUAAGUCAAAAACUGCCUUCAGCCGUAAUUCUCCUGUUUUCUUGUUGGGCAAAUGCUACCACUUCAAGGCUGUGGAUGAUGAAAGCCCUACUGAGAGUUGUACUGCUGAGGCAUUAGAUGACGAUAUUGUAACAGGUAAUGUUGAUGGAUUUCGCAAGGACUUCACUUCACGAGUUUGGCUGACCUAUCGAGAAGAGUUUCCUGCUCUUCCUGGCCCCACCAUCACUUCAGACUGUGGGUGGGGUUGUACACUCCGGGCAGGGCAGAUGAUAUUGGCCCAGGCUCUCUUGCUUCACAUCUUGGGUAGAGACUGGACCUGGUCAGAAGCACUGACCUUGGAGCCCCUGGAUACAGAGACAUGGACCAGCAGUGCAGCACGAAGACUGGUGGCCACAUUAGAGGCCUCCAUUCAGGGGGAAAGAGCGCAGGUCAUCCAACCUAUGUGUGCUGCUCAAGGAGGGGCUGAAGAGGCUGACUCAUACCUGCAAGAGGCAUAUCACCGCACCAUUGUGUCCUGGUUUGGGGACGCACCCUCAGCCCAACUGGGCAUCCACAAACUAGUGCAGCUAGGAAUGACAUCUGGAAAACGGGCAGGAGAUUGGUACGGCCCAGCAGUUGUGGCACACAUACUCCGAAAAGCUGUUGAUGAAGCAGUAGAUGCGAUGCUGAAAGGGAUAAGCGUUUAUGUAGCACAGGACUGCACUGUGUACAGUGCUGAUGUUAUCGAUAGCCAUUCAGGGCGGAUGGGCAACCACAGUGAUCCUCAGGGACUCAAUUCUGGAGCUGCCCCUGAUAGUAGAGCUGUCAUCAUCCUCAUUCCUGUGAGACUCGGUGGAGAGAAAAUCAACCCAGAAUACUUGAGCUUUGUCAAGAGCAUAUUAAGCUUAGAGUACUGUAUCGGCAUCAUUGGCGGAAAGCCUAAACAGGCCUACUAUUUUGUUGGAUUUCAAGAUGACAGCUUGAUUUACAUGGAUCCUCAUUACUGUCAGUCUUUUGUGGAUGUCAGCACAAGCGAUUUCCCUCUGCAGUCUUUUCAUUGCCCAUCGCCAAAGAAAAUGCCUUUCAGUAAAAUGGACCCAAGCUGUACGAUUGGAUUCUACUCAAAAAAUGUUGAACACUAUGAAAGAAUUAGCAACGAGCUGUCAAAGAUAUUGCAGCCUUCAUCAAAAGAGAAGUACCCUGCAUUCACCUUUAUGAAGGGACACAGGAAGGAUUAUGAACUUUCGGUUGCUGUAGAACAGCAAGGAUGGCCUUUCAUCAGGGACACAAGGAAAGCAGGGACAACAUCGGGAGACUUUGUGCUACUCUGACUCUUCAAGCCAGUAACCCAAAACCAAGUGAUGCACCACAAAUCAGGACUGGAUCAGUCUGUAUUUACACUGUGGGUCUAAACUAUAUGACCCUGUGCUACACUGUCCUCAUGUCAUUUCAGAAAAAGCCCAUUUAAAAAAAAAGACCGCAAGCAGUCUUUUUUUCUCAGAAUCAAUUAUAUUAACACAUCUAUCUGUUUGUGCAUGAAAGCAAAGUUUGAUACAGAGAUUGCUUCAUGCAUAUGGUCCUGACCACCAUCCACAUUCGAUUUGAUUUCAAUUAAAUUUACGUGCUAAACCUGCAAGCAUUUCAGUGUGCUCGUAUAAAUCCAAUGGACAUGUGUAGUCAAUACAUGUAUUAUUUUUUUUUUUUAACCAGACAAGUUAUCAUGGAAUCAUGUUUCUUUUCUCUGGGUACAUGUAGUUAAUUUUUUCUUAAAACUGAAUCAAAACACCUAUAUAGUCUACUUUUGGAAAUGUAUACAUUAUGUAGUGAUUUAGCUUCACAGAACGUACGUUUUAUGGUGACAUGUUUUAUGUUAUGUUAAAUGGAAGGAUAAUAUGCCUUCACAAGUGAGUAGAAAACACUGUAUCACAUAUAUCUAAAUAACUCUUAAAUGAUAUUUAAAAAGCCCUUUCUGCCACCAGCAUUUUAAGGAGUAUUAAACCCAUAGCACAUUAAUAUACACAGAACCUGUGCUUAAUAUAAGAUUAAGUACAGUAAUGUUAACAACAAAUAUAUUGGUAUAAUGCCGAUAUGUGAAAGGAUCAGUCCUUCCUUGGUAGCUCAGCGUGUUAUUUUUAAAGAUGUAAUAGAAAACAUAAACGAGUAUGAAUCAAGGAAUAAUUUAUUAUUAAAUUAUGCCUUAUUUAAAUAACUUCAGGUUUUUUUCUUAGUGAUAUAUAAUUUUAACAAAAUUGUCAACAUGAUGAUUUUGUACUACCAUAUUAAUUGUUGUGAUUAACUUUCU